AUGAAGGACGACCACGAAAAGAACAUCGAUUCUAACUCCUUGUUGAGUAGACACACCGAGGACUAUAACCUCACGAUCUCUCGGUCCAAUCCUUCGGGCCAAGUCGCCAGCGGCCACGAAUUGAAAAAGGGCUUACACGCUCGGCAUGUCAGUAUGAUUGCUUUGGGUGGAGCCUUGGGAACCGGUUUAUUGAUUGGAACUGGAAGUGCCUUGAAGGUCGCCGGUCCUGGUGCCAUUUUGUUGGCAUACGGGGUGGUGGGAUUUGUGGUGUUCAUGGUGAUGUCGGCUCUUGGAGAGGUUGCAACUUUUGUGCCUUUGGCCGAUGGGUUCACUGGUUAUAGUAACCGAUACGUGGACCCUGCGUUGGGUUUUGCUUGUGGAUACGUCUAUCUUUUCAAAUAUUUGAUCAUUCCUGCCAACCAGUUGGUGGCAGGUUCGUUAACGGUCCAAUACUGGGUGUCUGCUGACAGGUUAAACCCCGGGGUAUGGAUUACGAUUUUCUUGAUUGUCAUCUUGGCCAUCAACAUCUUGGGGGUGAGAUUUUUCGGAGAAAUCGAGUUCUGGUUAUCGGUAUUGAAGGUGAUCACAUGUUUGGGUUUAAUCAUCUUAUUAUGGGUCAUUGCCCUUGGUGGAGGUCCCUCCCAUGACAGAAUUGGGUUUAGAUUCUGGAAAGAACCUGGUGCAUUUUUGAUCUACAGAAAUUCAGCCCAGAAUGUGGUGAUUGAAGGUUCUUUGGGUAGAUUUGUGUCUUUUGUGUCAGUAUUGGUGAAUGCUGUGUUUGCCUUUUUGGGUACCGAAUUGUGUGGUAUUACUUUUGCUGAAUGUAGAAGACCUCGUAUGGCCAUUCCUAAGGCCAUCCGGUUGACUUUCUACCGGAUUGUGGUGUUCUACUUGUUGUCGAUUUUCUUUUUGGGUAUGUGUGUGAGUCCAGAAGAUCCAUUGUUGUUGACUGCUAGUGGUAGUACUGCCAGUGCAUCUCCCUUUGUGAUUGCCAUCAAAAACGCCCAUAUUUCCGGUCUUGACCAUGUCAUCAAUGGGUGCAUCAUGUUGUUUGUAUUGUCGGCUGCAAAUUCCGACAUGUACAUCUGCUCCAGAACUGUCUACGGAUUGGCUGUGGCUGGAUAUGCCCCCAAAUUCUUCUCCAAGACCAACAGGAUGGGAGUGCCAUACUACGGGGUUGGUUUAUCGUUUUUGUUUUGUCUUUUGGCGUACAUGACUGUGCAAGAUUCGGCUAGUGAGGUGUUCCAAUACUUUGUGAAUGUGGUGUCGUUGUGUGGUUUGUUGGCCUGGACGUCGCUUUUGAUCAUUCACAUCAGAUUCAUGUCUGCUUGUAAAGCCCAGGGUGUUGACAGACAGAGAGACUUGAACUAUAGGUCGCCUUUGCAGCCAUAUGGCUCGUGGCUUGCGUUGGUCAUGUGUGUUUUGAUUAUUUUGAUCAAGAACUUUACGGUUUUCUUGGGCCAUCCAUUCCCUUACAAGACGUUUAUUACCGGUUACGUGGUGUUGCCAGUGUUUUUGUUAUUCUACGGAGGCUUUAAGUUAUUCUACAGAACUAAGCUUAUCAACUCAGAUGAGGUGGACUUGGCCACUUACAAAGACGUGGUGGAUGCAGAGGAAGAAUCAUGGGCCGCUGAGGAUGAGGAGGCUGAAGCCCUUAGACAGGCUAACGGAAACCCUAAGAACUGGAGCUGGUUCUAUAAUAAGAUCUUUGGAUGGAUCUUCUGA